AAAUUCUCUCGCAUCGAAAUUUUCAUUCAAAACAAUUAUCACAUCAUUCCCAUUGGAGUGAAAACUACGUAGGAAUUCGCAACGAAAACAAUGGCACGUAGUUUGUUUGCGAUUGACAUUUGAAACGUCACCAUAAAUACAAAAAAAUAGGAAAACACAACAAGACACAGAGGCAUCGAUGAAAGCAUUGAUUCACAACACAAAUAAAAAGAACUAUUUAUCUAUAAUGUAAUUAGAUUUGUCUAGUAAAAAUUUCUCUGGCAAUUCGUUCUCACAUUUCCAAAGCAUUUUAAUUUUUCGCUUUUUUAUUUUAUUGUUUGUUUUGUGUUCAUUCGAAUUGUUCUUUUCGUUUUUUCGUUGGUUUGUAAUUUCAUCGCCUUCGAUUCUUCGCCGUCGAGACAGAGAGAAAGAGAGCUACUCAAGCAUCCCGUUAAAAAUUGAAACAACGCAACCCACAAGAGCGUACAAACAGAUAGAGAGAGAGAGAGAGAGAGAGAGAGAGAGAAAGGGAGAGAGAUAGAGAGAGAUAGAGAUAGAUACAGACAGAAAAAGAAAUAAAAUAUAUUGAAACGGAACAAGGAAAUUCUCGGUUGAGAAUUGAUAAGAAUUGUUUGUUGGGCCUGGUAUUUGGUUGUGUAAUUUUUGUCAUUUAAUUAAAUGAAAUCGUUUCGCGUGCGAAGCGCCGUUUCGAAGCAUUCAACGUGUGAUUGUAGUAACGACUACGACUACAACAACGACAACGACGACGACAGCAGGCUGCAUCAUUAACACAGCAAAAUGUACUAUCCCAUUGGAUGGCCUGUGCAAGUCGAUCUAAUUGGAUUGAAUCAGCAAUCAAUUCGACGAAUAUGUUGCGAUCGCGUCAAAAUUCUAUUCGCCAUCCUAACCGAUGACUCAUUAGCAAUAUACUACACAAAUCCUUGUGUGCCGAUUGUGAUAUCAAAACGUACGCCCGAAUCAAUAGCCAAACAUGGAACCAACUGUAUUGUGGAAUGGAAACCCGACUCAAAUAUGUUGGUGGUUGCCACCACCGAUGGAACGCUUCUAUUGUACGUUUUAUCCGUAGUUGAUACACCAAGGGGCAUAUAUAAUCAAAAAGAUCCUCCGUCCAAAAACUUAUGCCGUGAUAGCGCCGAAUUAUUCCUCAAAGAAACUAUCCCCUCACUCACACUGACAUUGCAUUUAGAAGUUCCCCUAUAUGUUCCAAUAACAUGCAUAUGCUGUGUAAAUAUGAAUCAAAUGAUGGUCGCAACGAAAAGUGAACGCAUCUUUCGCAUACGUUGGGAUGGUGUCGAAGAAAGAGAUUUUUCAUUAGAUUUAAAACGUAUUCCAUUUAGCAUCAAUCAACAAGUUAGCUACGCUGUUCCGAUUUUGGAAAGUAAUACAUAUGUAUCGUCAAUGGAAUAUUCACCCUUGAUCGGUGGCUUUGCAAUCACACUGAACGAUGGCCGAGCCGCUUAUUUGACUGCCAAUUCAUUGAAAUUUGAUCCGAAUCAAGUGCAAGGAAUAUGGGCGCAAGGUUUGGACGAUACAACAUGCAGUAGUAUCAAUCAUAAAUAUCGACUUAUCGCAUUUGGAAGGAAAAACUCCCAAGCUGCUGUGUACACCAUUGAUGAUUUGACCGGUGGCUUGGAAUUGUCACACACGAUCGAACUGAGUGCCAAAGAUUUUCCCGGUUCACCGGGUUCAGUGCGUGAAAUGAAAUGGACACCGGAUGGCUGUGCGGUGAUGUUGUCAUGGAGCAAAGGUGGCAUUUCAUUGUGGAGUACAUUCGGAUCGAUGUUGAUGUGCUCACUCGGUUGGGACUACGGUCUGAAUGUUGAUUUAGCACUAAAAAAUCCACUUGAUAUCACGUGCAUGGACUGGUCAACGGAAGGCUAUCAGUUGUUUAUGUUGCGUCAGCAGAAAAUUUACGAUGAAGAAACACCAAAUGCAGACACAUCUGCUUCCAAUGUAUCGGAGGAUACAAGUUUUGUCGAUGGUAAAUCGGCAUCAUCAGUAACAGCAACAUCUUCAGUACCUAAUAAACCAACUCUUAUGCAUACUUAUUCGAAUUUGUCCGAUAAAAGUUUUGCGACCGCAGAACCACCGUACACACUGACAACCACACUAGUUCAAUUGAAUUUUGUAAAAAGUAGUUUUACUGUGAAUCCUGUAAUGAGUACACAUGCGCAUUUAUUUUUGCAAGGUGACGAUAGACUGUAUAUGAAUCAGGGUGAAAGUUUGCAAAAGGUCUAUCACAAUGGCAAAUCGUUGCCACUCGAUCCAAAUCUAAUCGACUCAAAUCUAUACUCAUCGUCUAGCAAACAAAGCAAUUUAUUUUCACAUUCAUACAAUAUUUGUAUGGAUAGCUAUAUGAGCGGUGAAUUUAUUUCGGUGCCGAAUGAAGACUUAUCAACGAAUUUGGACGACUACGAAGUGGGAAAAUCGUUACAAGUAACGAGUAUCCUAUCGGAGAGUAAACAUUGGAUUGUGGUGCAACUGCCUGUCGCUUAUAUGGCAACGAAUUGGCCGAUUCGUUAUAGUGCGAUCAGUAAUAAUGGCGCUAAUAUUGCGGUGGCUGGCCGUACGGGUGUUGCAAUCUAUUCGAUGGUAACACGAAAAUGGAAACUCUUUGGAAAUGAAACACAAGAAAAGGAUUUCAUUGUGACCGGUGGAUUGCUUUGGUGGGACGAUUUCAUCAUAAUGGGUUGCUACAGUUUGGUGCAGAAAAGUGAUGAGAUUCGUCUCUAUCCCAAAGAUUCCAAGCUCGACAAUCGUUUUGCGAAAAUCAUUUCGAUGGGCGCUCCCGUGAUGCUAAUCAAUUUAUUCAAAGAUCAAUUGGUGACAUUUACGGCGGACGGUUUUGUCGCUGUGUUCGCAAUCACCAAAUACGAUGCGCAAAACAUUGAUCUAUUGCGCACCGAUAUGUACGACAUUCGCGGUCUAUGCAUUCAUCCGGCCUGCAUCAUCUCCGUGACAAUGACCAAUCUGAAGAAUGAUAGUGCAAGUCGAGCCAAUCAAGGAAAUCUUUCGCAAAUCGAGACGCUAGUGUUGAAUGUGUCGGGUCGCAUACUCAUGGUAAAUAAGGAAAACAACGGAAAUGCAUCAGAAAAUUUGACAUCAACCUGCUUGGCAUCGUGCGUGGAAUGUUUGUGGGUAUCUAAUUCGCAGAAGACACAUCUCAAAGAAUCGCUGUGGCUGUAUUGUGGCGGAUAUGGAAUGCGCGUUUGGCUACCAGUCUUUCCUCGUGACGCUGAUAGCGGCUAUGGCAGUCGACAUACCUUUAUGUCGAAACGUAUUAUGCUGUCGUUUGCAUUGAAAGUGUAUCCGUUGGCGAUACUCUUUGAAGAUGCCAUCAUUUUGGGCGUCGAAAAUGAUACGGUUGUGUACACAAGCGACUCCAGCUCACAUUUUUCGUUGCCGUUUUGUAUUCUGGAGCGAACGAGCCAAGUGUAUCUUCAUCAAAUCCUACGGCAGCUAAUUCGUCGAAAUCUUGGGUAUAAUGCAUGGGAAAUUGCACGCAGUUGUUCGAAUCUGCCAUAUUUUCCGCACUCACUGGAGCUGCUGUUGCAUGAAGUUCUUGAGGAAGAAGCAACCAGCAAAGAGCCAAUCGCCGAUGCCCUACUUCCUAGUGUGCUGGAAUUUAUACAGGAAUUUCCAGUUUACUUACAGACUGUUGUGCAAUGUGCUCGUAAGACUGAAAUCGCUUUAUGGCCCUAUUUAUUUGCAACGGCUGGCAAACCAAAAGAUCUAUUUCAGCAAUGUUUAACGCAACACCAACUAGAAACGGCUGGCAGCUAUUUGAUCAUUUUACAGAACCUUGAGCCAUCGUCAGUGAGUAGGCAAUUUGCAACGAUUUUAUUGGAAACGGCACUAGAGGAGGAGAAAUGGGAUUUGGCCAAGGAACUUGUUCGUUUUCUAAGAGCAAUCGAUCCAAAUGAUGUUGAAUCACCACGCAACUCAUUUAUAAUUGGUAACAAACUGCAUACAAGUCAGCAGCCAGCACCAGUUAGCCCGAAUGCCGAGGAUUUGAGCUUGAUUUUGGGCUCGAUGGCACGAGGGCGAAGUUUUUCAACGACCGUCAAUCCAAAAAUGAAUGAAAUUAUUAGUCCUCCAUCAAAUCAAAGCCAAUCCAGUUCGAACACUAUGGGCAAAGCAGCAUCGGUUGGCAGCAUCGAUGCGUCGGUUGUUCGUCGCAAGAAAAGUGCACCUCAUACCGCAAGAGAAAAGGAUUCGACGACAGCUGAAGAAUUCUUCAUCGAAAUAAUCAUUCAACGGCAUGCUAGACGCCUUUUGCAAGAUAAAAAAUUGGAAGCUCUGGGAUACAUGAGCGCGGCUCUGGAUUUCCAUUUAGUCGGUUGGUUGGCACGUGAAAAAGACCGAGCCGCCCGUAUCGAGGAUUUUGUUGCUACAUUGAAACAACUUCAUGACGAUUUCGAUUGGCCUAAACCUAGUUUGGAUAUCAAAUUAAGUCGAAAAUCAUCAGAGAAGGCACAGCAACAGCAAGAGUCACCGAGUUAUUCGUUGCAGUCGCUGCGUGUUGACACUCACAUGGGCACGGGAGAUUCAGGAUACACAAGCCUUCCGACGAAUUUGGAUUUCAUGCAUGCUGACCCGAGUGCGUUUGUAAACAGUGCAAUGUCAUCGAUGGAUUCGAGUCAAGCAACCGAUCCAUUGUACAUGUACAAUGCGGAAAUUUCGAAUUUGGCGUUGCAACAAUUGUCUGGGAAGUUCAAUGAACUGGGCCGAAUUAGUGAAGAGGAUGAUGGUCGAUCAAAUCAGCCGUCAAAUAGUGGGAAAAUGUCGGUGGCAUCAAGAUUUGAUGCAUUUAGACGUGAGCCAAGCAAUUCAGUCCUGGGUGAAACGGAAGCCAAACUCAUGCCCGUCGACACGAUGAGUUGUGUGUCGGAGCAAGUUUCAGUUUGGGGCGAGGACAACACGUGCACAUUCAACGCAGAGCUGGAUGGCAGCUUUGAUCGAAACAUGGAAUCACUGGUCACGCAGAAUAGCCGACAAGUUUGUCAUAAGCUUGAAGUGAAAACCCGAUACUUACUUCAAAUAUUCACGGAAGCGUGUUGCUUUGAUUUCGCACUGCUGUUGUCAAUUAUCCUAAUGGAUGCGGCAUCGAUCAGUCGAAUUACUAGCUCUGCUAUUCGAUCGGGAUCGUUGGCUAUAUGUCGGCAGCUUCGAAAUGGAUUGAAAGAUGUGACACGAUGGAGUUUUCAGGAAUGUUUGGGCUAUCGUCCAUUUAUGAUGAUGCUGCAGCCACAGGUGAACCUUUUGGAUCGUUUUGUGAUUCAACAGGAAUCGAUUCCAAAUUUCAUGCCGCCACUCGGCGCACGACAGCCGCAAAUGCAAUUCAACCGUGGUGCCGAUGGCAUGACCAAUCAUGUGAAAAAUACUCAAAACAUGUCCAUAACAAAGACAGCGAUUGAGCCACAGACAACGAUUGAACACCGGCGUGCUAGUGGCAAUGUUACCGGUGGAAAUCGUCAAAAAUUGAAUAAAUCCAUGUCGGAGCCGCACAUUGAUAUCAGUCGCAUUCGGCAAAAGUAUUCGCGACAGGCGGCCAUCAACGAAUAUUCAACGAGCAAUGAUGCGAUUGAACAAAACGAACACGAUGAUGAUGCAAAGAAUGGUUGUGCAAUAAUGUAAAUGAAACGAAAAACCGAAAAUGGAAAGAAAAUGAAAGAAAACCCAGAAAUAAUAUUCAAAAACUUAUUUUAUAGCAAUUAAGAGCAAACAAUUUGUGUACAUACAAUGAGAUGAAACAUUAUUAUGCCACUCAAUUAGGUGUUUGACUUCGAGUGUCGAAGUGAAGAAAAAGCAUAAAUGCCUCUAUUUUGUUACAUUUGCUUGGCCUCUUUAAAGAAAAAAAAAACAAACUAAAAAUACACACACACACACAUACAUAAUUCCUAACAAACUGAACCCUAGACGAGAAAUUACAUGUCCAAUUUUAUGAGCAACAAAUUUUUAUCGAUCAACUUAACUUAAUCCAGUCCACGAAUGAGAUUUUCUCCAAAUAGCAACGUAAUCUGUCUGUUAAUUGUCCUAGCAAAAUGAAAUGGUGCAAAAAAUUGAGUGUUCAAACGACAAACGAACUAAAAACGAAUUGGUUUCUUCGUUUUUGCAUCGCGGAAGCAAAUUUAUUUAUUACUGAAUCGGUUUUUUUUCCUGUUCAUUUUUUAAGAAAGAUUUUUUACACAACGUUAACUUAAUUAGGCCCCAAUCGGUGCACCCGGAAACCGUGUCAAUUUUUUUGCAAUGGAACAUACAAAAUACUUUAACGCAUAAAAACUUAUAUCUUUGUAAAAGAGAUUCUUUUUGUUUGUUCGAUUUUUUUUGUGUGCUAGAAAUUGUCCUUAAAAUUAACAUUUUUAAUCGAAAUAUAAAAUCGUAGGUAUUGUUGAAAAUCUCACAUAAGAAAAACAAUCUAUAUAAUUUAGUGAUAGGUUGAUUGCAAAUCAAGAGAUUGCAAGACAGCGAGUGAGGGAGAUGAUAAUAAAAAAUAACGGUUGAAAAGGAUUGAAUGGAAUGAUUGCAAAAAAAAAACGAAGCCGAUUGAAAGUUUUGCUUUUGUUUCGUUGAUGAAAUUCAAAUGUAAAAAAAAAUGAAUCUUGAUAAAAGUGCCAAACUCAAACACUAAAAUUCUCAUUUUUAUCGACGCAUGUUCACAUUUUGAAUUUUUCUUUUCUUCACAAUUUUCUUGCUCGGUGUUGAAAAUGAUCGUGAUUCAACCGAAGAAUUAAAACAAAAUUGAUUAUUCGAUCCGUUUCGUUGUAAUUCACUGAAGCAUUUAAACUAAGUACUUCCAUUUUGCAUGGCAAUUAUUAAACAAUGCUGAUCAUUUUCAAGAAAUUUAUUUAGACAAACUUUGUUCUUCUACGGCAUUGCGUUCUUCUGUCUCUUUUUUACAUAAAAAAAAGACUUCUCUUUUUGUUUGGUGUGUAUGAAAUGUUCAAUUUCUUUUGAAGAUAACAUUGACAAAUACAAAUUUUGAAUGCAAAUGGUUAGAUGUUUUUGCACCGAUAAAAUUUUUUAUUACUGAACCGUUUUUAGUGAACAAACGUAUUUGACGUAUUGAAUAUGAUACCAGAAUUGUUCAAUGAUGUAAAUUUUUUUCCAUUUUUCCUCCUUUUUCCGUUUCACUUUUUAACUCAACAUGAAAACAAAAGAAACAAACCCUUUGAUUUUAAGUAUUAAAAACAUGAUAGUCUAUAUGUAUUUAUAGUAAAAUAUUCCAGAAAAAAAAAUUGACACGAGCCGAACACGGCUCGAAUGUGAAUAAUUUGAAAUUUUAAAUAAAAGAAAAUAUGUAUGAUAAA